ACAGCUGUUACUGCUGCUGCUGUUGCUGCUGCUGCUGUUGCUGCUACAGCUGCUGCUGCGUUGCCUGCCGACAGCAGCGACCUGUUGUGAGCAUUGCGAGCCCCGCUGCCGUGAAGUUGCGGGGAAAGUAUCUGAAGUCGUGAAAGCUUCAAAUCUCCAAGAUAUCAAAAUGGACGAGCAGUGCAUGCAUCAGGACGGUGAGGAGCUGCAACAGCAGCAGCAGCAGCAGUCUCCAAACAAUUGGAAGGCUCCUUCACUCACCACGCAGAAUGCAGCUCAGUCUGUGCAGCAGUAUCCUCCUGCCUUGGCAGAGGCAGCAACCCAGACUUGUCAGUCUCCACAGGCUCAGCCAGUUGAGCACACCCCACAAGUGCCUAAGGUGUCUUCUGGCAGCAGUCAGCGACCGAGUGGAGAGGCGGCUUCUGAUCCAAGCUCCCAAGGCUGCGUGAAAGUGGUGUACGACAUGCUGAUGACUGCAAGCAACUGUGGCAGCAAUUGGCCAUCCGACCAAGAAGACAUAUUUCGCCUCCUGGUGCACGGGAGAGAACAUUUUGAAAUAUUAAAGAAAAUCAAGGAAAACCUGGAGCUGAUCCGAACGCUGCCCACGGAUGCCAAUGUGUUGCGCAACCUGCAGCAACAACAAUACGUGACGGAAUUGCGUGGCAGGCCGUCCAACCUCAGCCGACACCGCAGGGAGUGUUCACAGGAAGUCUUGGCCGGCAGCCAGGGAUCCUCCAGUGCCGGCGAAGGUUCCUCAUCAGGCGUUGCACAGGAUGUUGUGACGGGUGAAGCGAGUGGAUCCAAUGGUCCCCCACGGCCACCGGACGGAGACAACCCACGGGCCCGGCUUGGAACCCUGCCGGACAGCGGCAAGCCUGGCAACGCUCUUUACAACUUCCUGAAACAAAUAGACUGCUUGGAGUUUUUGGAGAAUUUCACUUCACGUGGAUUGUCGAGUGUCCAACAGCUGAUGGACGUUACUCUGCAG